GCGGCAGCGGAAGUACUCAGUGAGGAGAGCGGCCGUUGGUCGGCGGAAGUCCCGCCUCCCAGGCCGUUGCGCCGCGUGUGCUUUCGUGGGCGAGUACGGCAGCCGCGCGGAGUCAGUCCCGUUCUUCCUUUCGAGCUCGAGAGGCAGAAGGAGGCGGCGAUGGCUCCCAAGGGCGGCAGCGGCGGCAGCAGCGGCGGGGCCCGGCAGCAGUCCGAGGAGGAGCUUCUCCUGCAGGAUUUCAGCCGUAACUUGUCGGCCAAGUCGUCGGCGCUCUUCUUCGGCAACGCGUUCAUCGUCUCUGCCAUCCCCAUCUGGCUCUACUGGCGAAUAUGGCACAUGGAUCUUGUUCAGUCGGCUGUUCUCUACAGCGUUAUGACCCUUGUCAGUACAUAUCUGGUGGCUUUUGCCUACAAGAACGUAAAGUUUGUUCUUAAGCACAAAGUAGCCCAGAAGAGGGAAGAUGCCGUUUCCAAAGAAGUAACUCGAAAGCUCUCUGAAGCAGACAAUAGGAAGAUGUCACGCAAGGAGAAAGAUGAGAGAAUUUUGUGGAAGAAGAACGAAGUAGCAGACUACGAAGCAACCACAUUCUCCAUCUUCUACAACAAUACACUCUUCCUGGUCUUGGUCAUCAUAGCUUCCUUUUUUUUGUUGAAGAACUUCAAUCCCACCGUAAACUACAUCCUGUCCAUCAGCGCUUCGUCUGGAUUGAUUGCUUUGCUGUCUACAGGUUCCAAGUAGACAGAAUUGUUUGAAUGGGUCAGUCCUUCCAGCCAUACUCAGCAGCCUGGAUAGAGAGGUGUUGCUUUUUUCUAGCUUGAAAACAUGAGAAACUAUUUUUUACGAGAAAACAGCACGGAAACACAGAUUAUGGUUCCUUCAUAAAAUAACAAAAAUGAGUGCACCAGGUACUGCCAUUUUAGCCCAUGAAAUUGUUUUUCAAAACACAAAUAUGUUACAAAUAAGUUGCUCUUUUUUCUGCCAGUGAGAUGGGCUUUGUUGACUUCGAGCAAUGACUUCAUCCCGUAACCUUUUGUAAUCAUGUUUGAAUAAAAGCUUAAAAGAAAAUACA